AUGUCGGACACGCACGCCGGUGCCACAAGACUGGGUACCGAAAAUCAGGAGAUACACACGGGUCAUGUUCUAAGACCCAGUAAAGCACUCAGCGCAUUGCGAAUUCUGCAACUUAUCAUCGCGUUGGCGAUUCUUGGAUUGGCCGGUUUUGUCGUGACAUUUAUUUCGUACUCGGGAGCUAGCUUGGAUCUAUUCGUCGCCAGCGCAACAAUCCUAAUAGUCCUCUACAUACUCCUCGCCACCCACCGUUUCACCUCCAUCUACAACUACUGGGCAAUAGCCUGUCUAGACAUCUUCCUCAUAAUUUUCUGGGUAGCAGCUUGGAUCACAAGCGCAGUUCAAGUGCGUCGUUACAGGGGCAGAUUCGAUUAUUAUGGCUGCGGAAACUUUUUUUGCAGAAGAGAUUUGUUGGAGUUGGAGGAGAGGGAUGAUUUGAAUUUGGGAGGUAGUAAUGGGUUGGAGAAGAGGGCUAGGACUAGUUAUCAUAAUUUUCGUGCCGUGUAUAUUGCGGCUACUGUGUUGGCUGCGGUGGAAUUCGUCCUCUUCAUCAUAACCUUCUGCUACACCCUCGGCAAAAUCCUCAAACACCACGAUGAAGGCGGUCACAGCAAUGCUUUCCCAAAGAAACACCACAACAGAGAUAUGGAAAUGCAUACCCCGGGCCAAACGGGAGCGGGUACAGGAGCUGCUACUGGAGUCGGUACAGGAGCGGGUGUGGGAGGAAAUACUGCUCAUACAGGUGUUCAUCCGGGAGCGGGUGAGCCGGUUGUUACGUCGAAUCCUGUUUAG